AUGCCCGAAACCAAGUACGGCGUUCCGUCAGUGAUUGAGGCGCGGCUGCUGGCCAACAUCGUUGGCUGGCAGAAGACCAAGGAAAUGGUGUACCUCGCGAAGGUCUACACUGCUGAUCAUAUGGAGAACUGGGGAUUGGUCGAUACGGUCUGUGAGGAUGUGGAAAGGCUUGAAGAUAAAGUCUCCGAAGUUGUGAACACGACGGCAUCCUACAGUCCGCUAGCCAUGAGAGCUCAGAAAAAGCUUGUCAGGGUGUGGGAGGAGAGCGAUCUCGUCCAGGGAGUAGAGGCAGGCAUUGGUGCGUAUGCGAGUAUGUUCGAGGAUGGAGGUUCCGAGCCUGCGAAAUAUAUGAAGACUUUCACGGAGAGGAAGCAACACCAUGACAAGGAUGUGGAAUAG